UAUCUUUAAUCAAUUCAGAACCAAACCAAGUCAAUCAUUCUUCAUUGAUCUUCUCCGAUUUGAAAUCGCCGGCGAAAAUGGAAUCCUCCGGCGACAAGCAAACUUCUUCUCUUUACCCUACUGUUGACACAUCCAAUCCCGAAGCUCCUAUAAACCCUAGCUCAUCAUCUUCUACUAACAAUCUCUAUCCUUCUCUCGAUAUGAAUGAUCUCGCUCGUAAUCUCUUCCCUGAACAACCAGAGACGAGUUCUAUUCCGGUUUCAGCUCCUCCCGCUGCGACGGAGGAAGUAAUUUUGAAAAUCUCCGGCGCGAUUCUUCAUUUAAUCGACAAAUCUUACAGCGUCGAGCUCGCUUGCGGUGAUCUUGAGAUCAUCCGUAUUGUUCAAGGAGAGAAUGUUGUCGCUGUUCUCGCUAGUGUCUCCGAUGAGAUUCAAUGGCCGUUGACUAAGGAUGAGAACUCUGUCAAGGUCGAUGAGUCUCAUUACUUCUUCACGCUUCGUCCUACCAAAGAGAUCUCACAUGAUUCAAGCGACGAAGAAGACGGAGAUGGAGGGAAAAACACUAACGAGAUGUUGAACUACGGACUUACAAUUGCUUCUAAAGGUCAAGAGCAUUUACUGGUGGAGCUUGAGAAGAUCUUGGAGGAUUAUAGUAGUUUCUCUGUGCAGGAGGUGUCAGAGGAAGCGAAGGAAGCAGGUGAAAAGGUUUUGGAUGUGACGGUGGCGAGAGAGACGUCUCCGGUGGAGCUUACUGGGGAAAGGAAAGAGAUUGUGGAGAGGCAAUGUUCUGCUUAUUGGACUACUUUGGCUCCGAAUGUGGAGGAUUAUAGCGGGAAGGCGGCGAAGCUGAUUGCAACUGGCUCAGGACAUUUGAUAAAAGGGAUUCUUUGGUGUGGAGAUGUGACUAUGGAUAGGCUUAUUUGGGGAAAUGGUUUCAUGAAAAGGAGGUUGUCAAAGGCUGAGAAGGAGAGUGAAGUUCACCCUGACACCUUGAAAAGAAUCAGAAGAGUGAAGAGGAUGACCAAAAUGACAGAGAGUGUAGCAAACAGCAUACUGUCUGGAGUCCUUAAAGUUUCUGGAUUCUUCACAAGUUCAGUGGCAAACACCAAAGUAGGAAAGAAAUUCUUCAGCCUUCUUCCUGGAGAAGUCAUCCUUGCAUCUCUUGACGGAUUCAAUAAGGUCUGUGACGCUGUUGAAGUAGCUGGGAGGAAUGUAAUGUCAACCUCUUCCACUGUUACAACCGAACUCGUUGAUCACAAGUAAGUAAAAUCGAGUAUUUGGAAUUGAAACUCCUGGUUAUUUGGAUAUGGAAAGUGUUUUAAGAGAAGGAUGUAAAUUUUGGUUUGAUGAAUAUAGGUAUGGUGGUAAAGCGGCUGAGGCGACAAACGAAGGGCUCGAUGCAGCAGGAUAUGCGCUUGGCACAGCCUGGGUUGCUUUCAAAAUAAGAAAGGCUAUUAACCCGAAGAGUGUACUCAAGCCUUCGACGCUUGCAAAAACCGCCAUUAGAUCUGCAGCUUCACAAAAAAAAGCCUAGUAAGGCUGCCUGAUGAAGCAAAACAGACUCAUUGGUCCUGUUUGUUUGUAUCGUCUUGUUGUCUUUUGAUAAAUAAGUUAAACUAAAAAGAGGUGUGGAUUAGUAGUUGUUGUGAAGUGUUUAUGUUUCUCUAUGAGAAUCAUGUAAUGUCUCUGAUUUGAUUCGGAAUAUGUGCUGUAUGUGUAAGUGGUCAAAUCAAGAUUCCUUGAAAUUAGUUUUCAUGUUUUUUUAACGUGCAAAUAGAGUGAGUGAGUGAUUGUAUCAUGCAUAAUCUCUCCUUCCAGCUAACUAGCAAUGCUAAAGAAAGAUCCCAAAGAU